AUGGCAAGUGCAUUUCAAUCGGCAUUCGCUGGUCUCAAGAAAUACACGAAGAAAAUAACUCAUACGGAGACUCCUCUGGAGAAAAACCUUCGGGAAGCGACAUCCAAUGAGAAUUGGGGCGUGGCCAACUCCGUAUUGAUCGACAUUGCCAGAUGCACUCAUGACUUCAACGACUAUUAUCUGAUAAUGUCGACAGUUUGGUCGGCCAUUGGUGAUAAGAAAGAGAAAUGGAGGAGGAUAUUCAAGGGGCUCAACUUGCUGGACUAUCUCCUUAAAUUUGGGUCUGAGCGUGUUGUCGACGAGACGCGCGACGGCCUUCAUCGGAUAAGAGCUUUGCAAGACUUCCAAUACACUGAGGAAGGUCGGGAUAAGGGUGCCGGCAUUAGAGAGAAGUCCCGAGAGAUCGUCGGACUGGUGAACAACCCUUCCCAACUGAGGAUGGAGCGGGACAAGGCUCGACAAGGUCGUGACAAGUACAUCGGCAUCGGCAGCUCCGGGCAGACCGUUACAACAGCUGUGGGUGCGCCUCCUCCGGGGAUGGGGUAG